AUGUCUCCAUGUCUCCUAGACUCUCCACCCAAACCCAAGUUAACCCCAGAGAAGGUGGAGGUGAUGGAGGGGACCUCUGUGAGUUUGAGCUGCUCUGCUGCAGCCCCCUGUCCCAAACUCCCCCCAAAUCUGACAUGGACCCCCAGGCUGAGUGACAGUGUGGAUCAACUGCAAGAGAAUGAGGAUAAAACCACAUCUGUGUCUUCUGUUCUGACCUUCACUGCUUCCCACCUCCACCAUAGGCAGAAGAUCACCUGCAGGGCACUUUACACACUGCAACAAGGAGGCAAUCAGAAGACAUCUGAGGCCCGUCUGACUCUCAAAGUCCGAUAUCCUCCUAAGAACACGUCAGUGUCAGUCAGUCCCUCUGGUUCAGUGUUAGAGGGCAGCUCAGUGACUCUGACCUGCAGCAGUGAAGCCAGCCCACCAGUGCAGAACUACACCUGGUAUAGAGUGAAUGGGACAGAGAUGAACACUGUAGGAACUGGACAGAAUCUCACUUUCAAUGUGACUGAGUCCAGUGGCAGUGAACAGUACUACUGUGAAGCACAGAAUGAACAUGGCAAGGAGAACUCAACAACUGUACUGCUGAAUGUGAUAUAUCCUCCAAAGAACACCUCAGUGUCAGUCAGUCCCUCUGGUUCAGUGUUAGAGGGCAGCUCAGUGACUCUGACCUGCAGCAGUAAAGCCAGCCCACCAGUGCAGAACUACACCUGGUAUAGAGUGAAUGGGACAGAGAUGAACACUGUAGGAACUGGACAGAAUCUCACCUUCAAUGUGACUGAGUCCAGUGGCAGUGAACAGUACUACUGUGAAGCACAGAAUGAACAUGGCAAGGAGAACUCAACAACUGUACUGCUGAAUGUGAUAUACAUGCCUCAGAUCUCUGGCUCUGGGAGCUGCAGCAGAACUGCAGCAGAGAUCAGCUGCUCCUGUGAGAGCCGUGGGAAUCCCUCUCCCAGCAUGGAGUGGCGUGUGUCUGGACUGCGGGUCACUAACUCUACUGACAGAGUCAUCAGGGAGGAGCAGCUGGGGAACACAGGCCUGAGGAGCUCCCUCACCAUGCGCCACUCACAGAGAGACACGGCCACUCUCCUCUGCCUCAGUACCAACGCUCUCGGCACCUCCAGCCUCCAGUUCCACGCCCCGUCUACACAGCAACACUCAGACUCUCCACCCAAACCCAAGUUAACCACAGAGAAGGUGGAGGUGAUGGAGGGGACCUCUGUGAGUUUGAGCUGCUCUGCUGCAGCCCCCUGUCCCAAACUCCCCCCAAAUCUGACAUGGACCCCCAGGCUGAGUGACAGUGUGGAUCAACUGCAAGAGAAUGAGGAUAAAACCACAUCUGUGUCUUCUGUUCUGACCUUCACUGCUUCCCACCUCUACCAUAGGCAGAAGAUCACCUGCAGGGCACUUUACCCACUGCAACAAGGAGGCAAUCAGACGUCUGAGGCCAGUCUGACUCUCAAAGUCCGAUAUCCUCCAAAGAAGACCUCAAUGUCAGUCAGUCCCUCUGGUUCAGUGUUAGAGGGCAGCACAGUGACUCUGACCUGCAGCAGUAAAGCCAGCCCACCAGUGCAGAACUACACCUGGUAUAGAGUGAAUGGGACAGAGAUGAACACUGUAGGAACUGGACAGAAUCUCACCUUCAAUGUGACUGAGUCCAGUGGCAGUGAACAGUACUACUGUGAAGCACAGAAUAAACCUGGCAAGGAGAACUCAACAACUGUACUGCUGAAUGUGAUAUACAUGCCUCAGAUCUCUGGCUCUGGGAGCUGCAGCAGAACUGCAGCAGAGAUCAGCUGCUCCUGUGAGAGCCGUGGGAAUCCCUCUCCCAGCAUGGAGUGGCAUGUGUCUGGACUGCGGGUCAGUAACUCUACUGACAGAGUCAUCAGGGAGGAGCAGCUGGGGAACACAGGCCUGAGGAGCUCCCUCACCAUGCGCCACUCACAGGGAGACACGGCCACUCUCCUCUGCCUCAGUACCAACGCUCUCGGCGCCUCCAGCCUCCAGCUCCACGCCCCGUCUCCACAGCAACACUCAGGAUCUGUAUGA